AUGGGGCCGAAGAAGGGGAAGAAGGGGAAGGAGAAGAAGGGGAAGAAGGCCAAGGAAGGCGAAGGCAAGGAGGCCGACGGGUCCAAGGAGAACGAGGCCGAGCGCCAAGCGCUCAUCAAGGACGCCAAGCGGCUCGCGGAGAAGGCCAAGAAGGAGGAAGAGGCGUUCAACGAGUUCCAGCAGCAGCGCGAGAAGAUCAACUACUUCUGGAUCGUCGAGAAGAAGAACCUCGAGGACAAGAAGGCCGAGCUGCGCAACAAGGAGCGGGAGCGCCAGGACCUCGAAGAGAAGCAUCAAGUCGAGAUCAAGGUCUACAAGCAACGCGUCAAGCAUCUCUUGUACGAGCACCAGAACGAGAUCACGACGCUCAAGACAGAGUCCGAGACGUCGCUCAAGCUCGGCCAAGACGACCAUCGCACGACCGAGCGCGAGCUCAAGACCGACAAGCGGUCGCUCAAGCUCGACCUCAAGGAGAUGGAAUUGUCCCAUGAAGACUACCUCAAGACGCUCAAGCAGGAGCAAGACAAGCGCAUCACGAUCCUGCGGCAAGAGUUUGAGCGCCACGCCAAGGAGCUGCAGCAAAAGUUUGAGCGCAAGCGCAAGCUCUUCCGCGACGAGCUCGAGUCGACGCGACGGCCAUAUUGCGCAGCUCAUGACGUCGCACGAGAAGGCGUUUGGCGAGAUCAAAACUACUACAACGACAUUACGCACAACAACCUCGACUUGAUCAAGUCGCUCAAGGAAGAGGUCGCCGAGAUGAAGAAGAAGGAAGCGACGGACGAGAAGCUCAUGUUUGAGAUCUCCCAAGAGAACAAGCGCAUGUCGGAGCCACUCAAGAAGGCGCUGCUGGACGUGGAGCGACUGCGGCAAAACAUCAAGAGCUACGACAACGACAAGAUUGCGCUCAAGCAAGCCAAGGCAGAGCUCCUCGUGCUCGAGGACGACCUCGCGACCAUCUCGUGGGAGCACGAAGUCCUCACGCAGCGCUACGCCCAAGUCAAGAAGGAGUACGAUGCGCUCCACGCGCAGUUUCAAGCGAGCAUCUACGACGUGCAACAGAAGAACGGCCUCAAGAACCUUUUGCUCGAGAAGAAGCUCGAGUCCAUGGGCGACGUCCUCGAGCAGAAGGACGCGCAGCUCAACGAAGUGCUCGCGCAUGCGCAGCUUGACCCGAGCGUCGCCGGCCAAGUCAAGCGCCGGCUCGAAGACAUCAUGGAGGCCAAGAACCAAGAGGUGCGCGACCUCGAGAAGGAGCUCGGGAUUGUCUUACGGCUCCUCCACGACUUUACGCAAGCCGCCCGCGCCAAGCUCGCCGAGUACGGCACGCCCCUCGACGAGCUUGGCUUCGACCCGAACGACCACGCACAGUUGGCCAAGGCGGCGACGACGACACAUUUGCCGCCGAUCAAGCGCGAGAAGCCGAGCAAUGAGCGACCACGGAUGCUGGCCCAUGUCAACGUCGGAAAGUGA